AUGAAGACCUCAAAUAUCCUCGUCUGUCUCGUCCCUGCCAUGGCUCUGGCAGUGGAUCCUCAACACACCCCGUCUGCCGUCGCAUCAUCCAGUGUUUCACCUCCAAGCAUCACCCCACCAUACUUGUCUCCGGAAUCGCGAACACCCGCUGUGGAGGAUGGUCAGCCCCAAGAAUCGCUGGCUGUCCGUCAAGUCCAAGUUGCCGACCAAGAGCAACCGGCCGAUGCGAAUGCAAACAUCGGAUUGACCAAGUCUACUACGACCAAGGCGCUGCGCGUACGGAGUGAAGGCACACUGGGCCAAACACCAUGGAUAGGCAUGGCCAUCGGGCUGACCUGUACGGCCCUCGCCGCAGUGAUGCUGGGCUAG